UACUAUAUAAACAGACUCAUUAAAAUUGGUCGUAUUCACAGUUUCUGCUUUACUUUGAAAAUUAUGUGGCUAUUUGACUUUGUGAUGAAUCUAUUAUUUUUGGGAGUAUAUUGCAUAUGUCCAGACGGAUGGCUCCAGUAUAGUGGUUCUUGUUAUAUGUUUGGUCACGGCGCGGUCCAUUUUACAGAAGCAGAGCAAUUUUGCAGACAACAUCAUAACAGCCAUUUAAUACAUGUAGAGAACAUGGCUGAAAAUGCUUUUAUUAAGGACAGGUUACGAGAAUUCAAAGAAAAGGCAUGGUGGAUAGGUUUGACAGACGAGUUAGCGGAGGGGAUGUGGCAAUGGUACGAUACGCAGGAAAUAGCAAAUUUCACAGACUGGAAUCCUACGGAACCGAACAAUAAUGGACCAGGGCAAGGGCAAGAAGACUGUGCUACGUUUUGGGAUAUAUUUGACUUUAAAUGGGCAGAUCUACCAUGUACAUCAAAAUUUUCACCUGUCUGUGAGAAAAAGUAGGUAGUACAUAAACGAUUAAGUGUAAGCCUGAUUAUUUGAUAAAAAUCAUAUCAGCUCAGAUGCAUUACCGUUAUAACACGAAAUUUAAAUAUGGAUGUUUGCACUCAGCAGCAUAAUCGUCUAGUAGUAGUACCAGUCGAGGUUUUAGUAGUACCAGUGGUAACGGUCGGAGGUUUUGAUAGUACCAGUAGUAACAGUCGGAGCUUUUAGUGGUACCAGUAGUAACAGUCGGAGUUUCUAGUAGUACAAGUAGUAACAGUCGGAAUUUCUAGUAGUACCAGUAGUAACAGUCAGAGUUUUUAAUAGUACCAGUAGUAAAAGUCGGAGUUUUUAGUAAGUAACAGUCUUAGUUUUUAGUAGUACCAAUGGUAACAGUCGGAGUUUUUAAUAGUACCAGUAGUAACAGUCGGUGUUUUUAGUAGUACCAGUGGUAACAGUUGGAGUUUUUAAUAGUACCAGUAGUAACAGUCGGAGUUUUUAGCAAGUAACAGUCUUAGUUUUUAGUAUUACCAAUGGUAACAGUCGGAGUUUUUAAUUGUACCAGUAGAAAUAGACAGAGCUUUUAGUAGUACCAGUGGUAACAGUCGGAGGUUUUAAUAGUACCAGUAGUAACAGUCGGAGAUUUUAGUUAGUAACAGUCGGUGUUUUUAGUAGUACCAGUGGUAACAGUCAGAGUUUUUAAUAGUACCAGUAGUAACAGUCGGAGUUUUUAAUAGCACCAGUAGUAACGGUCGGUGUUUUUAGUAGUACCAGUAGUAACAGUCGGAGUUUUUAAUAGUUCCAGUAGUAACAGUCGGAGUUUAUAAUAGUACCAGUAAUAACAGUCGGAAUUUUUAAUAGAACCAGUAGUAACAGUCGGAGUUUUUAAUAAUACCAGUAGUAACAGUCGGAGGUUUUAAUAGUACCAGUAGUAACAGUCGGAGAUUUUAGUAGUACCAGUGGUAACAGUCAGAGUUUUUAGUGGUUCCAGUAAUAACAGUCGGAAUUUUAAAUAGUACCAGUAAUAACAGUCGGAAUUUUUAAUAGAACCAGUAGUAACAGUCGGAGUUUUUAGAAGUACCAGUGGUAACAGUCAGAGUUUUAAGUGGUACCAGUAAUAACAGUCGGAGUUUUUAGUACUACCAUUGGUAACAGUCGGAGGUUUUAGUAGUACCAGUGGUAACAGUCGGAGUUUUUAGUAGUACCAGUGGUAACAGUUGGAGUUUUUAGUAGAACCAGUUGUAACAGUCGGAGUUUUUAAUAGUACCAGUGGUAACAGUCGGAGUUUUAGUAGUACCAGUGGUAACAGUUGGAGUUUGUAAUAGUACCAGUAGUAAUAGUCGGAGUUUUUAGUAGUACCAGUGGUAACAGUCGGAGUUUUUAGUAGUACCAGUGGUAACAGUAGGAGUUUUUAGUGGUACCAGUUAUAACAGUCGGAAUUUUUAA